AUGAUACAAGAUUACCCAUUGACUCUCAUUGGCGGUCUCUUCGUCCUCUGUGGAUGGUAUCUCAUUACCACUACCACUUCGUACUCUAAGCUAGGUCAACGCAAUGGCUGCCAGCUGCCCAAGAGCUACCCUCAUCGAGAGAAAUUGCUGGGAUUGGAUUACCUUCGUGAUUCAAUCACGGCAAGGGAUAAUCAAUGCUAUCUUCAACGCGAACAGCAGUUACACCAACAGAACGGAAACACCUAUCGCUCCCUCUUUCUUGGUCAGUGGGUGUUGAACACAAUCGAGCCAGACAAUCUGCGAGCUAUCUUGUCCACGAGCUUCGCAGACUACGAUGCCGGAGCACGGCGUCGAAGGGCUUUCAAACCUUUGCUGGGGAAUAGCAUCUUCCAGAGUGAUGGUUUGCAGUGGCGCUCAGCGCGUUCCCUCUUGCAAAAAUGCUUCGCCCAAGCUCGCAUUGAUGACCUGGACCUUCUCGAACCUCAUAUCCAGAGCCUUCUCGCGGCCAUUCCUGAUAACCAAAAGAUAUUGGAUCUAGCUCCGCUGUUCCAUCGUUUCGCGGCCGACGUUGCCACAGACUUCUUGUUUGGGGAAUCGCUGGGCUCACUCAGCCAUCCUGACAGACUUGAGUCAGGCUUACAAGAAGCGUUCUACGAGGCGGCGGCAGGAUGUGAGUUUCGAUGGCUGCUUGGAAAGUUAGCCUUUCUCUGGCCGAACCGAGCGUUUCUGGCGCAUGUCCGCACCGUGCACUCGUUCAUCCAGCCAUAUGUCGAUAAAGCGCUCCAGAUAGAUCAUCAAGGCUGUGGACAAGGUAAAAAUGAAAAGGGCCGGCCGGACUUUCUGAGUCAGCUUUGCCAACGACCGCAUGAUAGAAGAUCGCUUCAGGAUGAGAUAACAACUCUGUAUUUUGCCGGAGCGGACACCGUCGCGGCCCUCUUGAUUAAUCUUUUCUUCGUCCUUUCAAAGCGACCUGAUGCAUGGAAGCGCGUCCGCAUAGACAUACAGCACUUACGAGGCCAAAAACCCACUUUGCAGCAGUUGAAGAGCUUACGAUAUGUGAAUGGUUGCAUACUGGAGAGCCUCCGUAUCCAUCCACCUCAAGCUUCUAACUCUCGGAUUGCCAACAAGGAUACGAUCCUUCCCACCGGCGGAGGACCCGACGGCAAGUCGCCAAUCUUCGUAUCGAAAGGUACAAUGGUGCACGUCGCAACGUAUGCACUGCACCGCCGUCGAGAUCUCUGGGGCGACGAGGCAGAAGAGUUUGAUCCCGACCGCUGGAUACACCAAAAGCAGAAUUGGAAGUUCAUCCCCUUCCUGGGUGGACCGAGGAAUUGCAUUGGCAUGGAUCUGGCCAUAAAUGAAGCUACCUAUGUACUCAUUCGCCUGGCGCAAGAGUUUGGAUCGAUAGUUUCACAAGACCCCAACGACUGGGUCGAGAGCGCGGGUCUUGCACUGAUGUCCAAGAAUGGAGUUCGGGUGGCUAUGGCUCGAAAGGUAAUAGUAAACAUUGGCUCUGUCCCAGGAAACACUUGCAUGGCGCUAUACGACCAUCAUACUGAUUAUUUACAGCCUUGA